CGCAACACAAUCACACACGCACCAUGCCCGCAGAUAUCAAGAAGAGGAAGCGCACCGAGGUCGCUGAAGAGGCAGACGUGUCGCUCGAGUUAUCAGCCCUGGCGCAGGGAGCCGAGGAGGAGCAUGAGGACGAGGACGAGGAGGCCGCCGACGACAUCGACGGCGACGAAGACAAGGACGACCCGCCGGAGAGCUCGUCGGCAGCCGCUGCUCGCACAAAGGAUGCGGCCAAAUCGAAAAAGUCGAAAUCCAAGUCCAAGACGCCGGCCAAGGGCAUCGUCUUCAUCUCGCGCGUGCCGCCCGGCAUGACGCCGUCCAAGAUCCGCCACCUCAUGUCGCGCUGGGGCGAGGUGCAGCGGGUGUACGCGCAGGCCAAGGACGCGGCGACGGGCUACAACCCCAACCACGCCAAGGAGAAGAAGCAGAAGAAGCACCAGUCUGCCAACUUUACCGAGGCGUGGGUCGAGUUUGAGGACAAGAGCAUCGCCAAGAUGGUCGCCAAGAUGCUUAAUGCGCAAGUGAUCGGCGGGAAGAAGGGUGACCGCUGGCGCGACGACAUCUGGACGAUGCGAUACCUGUCUGGCUUCAAGUGGGAGAUGCUGGGCGAGCAGAUGGCCUACGAGCGCCAGGUGCACCAGUCGCGCCUUCGCGCCGAGAUCACGCGCGCCAAGGCCGACCAGAACGAGUACCUCAAGAACGUCGAGCUCGCGCGCGUGCUCAAGAAGCGCGAGGAGAAGCGCGCCGCCGCACCCGCCCCGGCCGCCGGCGAGCCAAAGCCUGCCGCCGUCGUAAACGAAAAGGCAAAGCGGUCGUACAGGCAGCGCCAGGUCGCGGACCGCGCGCACGGCCUCGAGGCAAAGGGCAUGGACAGUGUCCUGGGGAGUAUUUUCGGGUAGUGGCGUGUUCGUUUGUGUACCAUGGCAUUGUUAUGGCAUUGUGUGUAUUGAGAUGCCUCCUGACCGGCCGGCGCGUCGUCGGCCGGAGCACAGACCGGACGCCAUCGACGACGUCGUCGGCCCGGCACGUUCUCGUCUACCUCGGCACCACCUCG